UACAGUUUUGAAAAGGAAAGGAAGAAAGGAUAUUUCCAACAACCAGAAUCCCUCAAAGAUACAGGUCAUAUUUUAGAAAGUAGAUUUUCAUCUACAUUUGGAAGUGUCUGUAUCCAAGUUGUUCCUAUUGAGCCAGGAACUAAUAUCAAUGAACAGCUUGUGACAAAAUUUGUUUCCAAUAUCAAUACUGCAGAAGGAAUGGAGAUGAGACCAGAACACAACAGAUUCACUCUGUAUGCAAGCAAUCACUUAGAGAUUAAAAAAGUGAUCACAGAAUGUCUUUUUCAAAAUCAUGAUUUAAGACUGACUUCAGUAGCUAUUAUUCUUGAUGACAACAGAAUGAAGCAUAUUGCACAAGACAUAAAAGUAAUUAAAGAGGUUGUAUAUGAAGAUCAAACGAAUCCUUACUUGCAGAUUCUUCGAAUAUAUAUAAAAAGCAGGACUCAGUUUGAUGGUUUUCUUGAAGAUAAAUGUAAAGAAAUAGACAAAGAGCUAGGAAAACAAGGAAUGACACUUGGAUUUGUUAAGAGAGCAGCUUCUUCAAUUUUUCGACAAAAACAACUUCCACCUUGGAAGAAAGUAUUUCUUCAAGGCAAAGAUAAGCAACAAUAUUUAGUGAUAACAGGGAACAGCAAUGAUGUUAUGAGAACGAGGAAGAGACUUCUUGAUAUUGUGCAAAAAAGAAAACAGCCAAAGGUUUGGUAUUAUGUGGAUACAAUGAAAGCAAAAAUCCAGUUUAAUGAUCAUAUUUGUAAAAGACUUAACUUAUCUGGAUCAGCUUUUGAAGGUGAACAAGUUGUCAAAGUAAAAGAUGAAGAAAAUCAGCUUUGGGAAUUUGAUUUGAGAAAGAUGAAAUGUACUAGAGAUAAGAUUACAUAUACACUUAAACACGAAGAAGUGACAGAAUCAAGUGUUGAUCCUUUGCAUGAAGAGUUUGAUGAUACAAACAGGAACACUGGAUUAAUGGAAGCUUCAGGGUCAAUAAUUAAAGAAUGUACCUUUGAAAUAAAUCCAGUUCUUAAGCAAAAGCAGUUUAAAGGGAAAAUUUUAAAGAUGCUGGAAGCUAGGAAUAUCAACUUCAAUAAAACAACAUUGGAAAUAACAGGCUCGUUUGAAGAAAUGACUUCAUUGAACCAACAAAUUAUAAAUGAUUUUGGAAUAGAAACUGGUGUUUUUUCCAAAGAUGAGACUGUUAUAGCAGCAAAGCAUACUAACACUCAAAUGAAGUCAAAUUGGAAACCAAAACCAGACAAUAAAUUCCAACAUGUUGCUGAAAUUAAAAUUCCAUACAUGGAAUACAGAAUGCUUAAGUUUUUUUGUCCAGAGUGUCAGCUGUUCAAAGGUUCACCAACAUACGAUAAUGGUGUACUGCAGAAAUUUCUUCAUGUAGGUGAAAGGGAAGAUGAAUUGAAGGAGAUCUUACAAUCCAAAUCAAUAUAUUUUCAGUCUUUGACCACUUUUGAUGUUCCUAUGCCUGAAGAUUGGACAAUUACUGAUUUAAAAUUGAAAGAGGUUGAAACUGAGUUGAACAUUAUAUCUCCUGAAAUAUUUUGUUUCCGUUCAAAAGAUGCAAAAACACUCACAUUGAAGGGCAAUCAGUAUGAAAAACUACAAAUGGCGAAGACAAAAUGUGAAUUCAUUUUAGGUAUUAAACAGAAAGGGAGAGGAGGUCGUAGAGAUAGAGUAAUUUCUACUGAUCCUUCAUAUAAAAAGGUAGGAAAUGAGCAGAUGGGCAAUAAAUCAUUCAGUCAAAGUGUGACUCCUUCAAGAUCAUCAUUUUCUCAGAGCUUUAGUGGGGGAUCCAGUACUCCAUCAGCACCUCCUCCAAGUGCUGCUACUUUUAAAACUUCAGAAGGUUUAUUGAUCCACGUCUAUGAAGGAAACAUUCUUAAUUUGAAAGUAGACUGUAUAGUAAAUGCCGCCAAUGAGAGUUUAAGUCAUGGUGGAGGUGUAGCAGAUGUGAUAUCAAGAGCAGCCGGUUAUGGAUUUCAGCAGGAGAGUGAUGAUUACAUUCAAAGACAUGGUCAGUUGAUGGUUACAGAAUGCUGUACCACAUCUGCAGGCAGUCUUCCAUAUCAGUGUGUAAUUCAUGCAGUGGGCCCAAGAUGGUAUAACUACACCGAUAAAAGAAAAUGUGCAAAUGACUUGGAGGAAACUGUUAAAAACUGUUUCCAUGAAGCAGAGAAGAAGAUGCUGACAUCUGUUGCUAUACCAGCAAUUAGUUCAGGUAUAUUUGGAGUUCCAAGAGAAGUCUGCUGUACCCAGUAUUGUAAUGCUGUGAAAAACUACAGCAAUAUUUUUGGAAGAGCAACUUGCCUUAGAGAAAUUCACUUUAUGGAUAAGGAUACUUUUAUGGUUGGAUUAAUACAGAAAGAAUUCAAACAAAACCUGAACAUUGAUCAAUCAUUCCAGUCUUCUGGUAGUAGAGUGUCAAACACAUCUGGUCAUUCAUUGUCAAAGAAUGAUAAUACACCUCAAUUUACAAGGUCACUUUCAGAUGAUGCAGCAAAAGCAGGGAAAUACUCUGGUAGUACAAAUGGUAAAAAUAGCAACCCAAACUCUACUGUUAAGCAAGAGAAAUUCCAAAAGCAGUACAUGACGGCCAAAGGGUUUAAAGUUCAUGUAGUCCAAGAUGAUAUCACUAAAAUGAGUGUAGAUAUCAUUAUUUGCCCACAGGAUGACUAUUGCUUGAGUAAAGGUAGAAUAGCCAAAGCCAUAGCCAAUGCAAGUAAUGAAAGAUAUAGGACCGAUGUUCUUGGUAUGAAAACUGUGAAAAGGUGCGAGGUAAAAAAAAUUGCAGCCUCACCUUCUACACUUCCUUUUAAGUAUGUUCUUCAUACAGUUGCACCGAGAUGGGAUAAGGAUGCUGUAAAAGAUAAUGCCAAAUUCAUGAAGGAAUUGGGUCUGACAAUACGCAAUAUACUAAAGCACUGUAGUGACAGUAAAAAUAUAUCAACUGCAGCAAUACCUGUUUUAGGAAUUGGAGCUGAUGGCCAUGAUACACCAUAUGUCACUUAUGCAUCAAUCCUAUCAAAGGAGAUCUCACAAGAACUGCAGAAUGACAAAUUCAGCAUGCAUGAAUUAUAUAUCGUCACCAGUGAAUGGGGUAUGGCUUUAGCAGUUACUGAUCAGCUUGACAAAGAAAUACUGUUCUCACCAUGUACUUCUUUUCAAAGACGAAAGCGUCAAAAUAAAGAUACUACUGAUGGAACUGAUGUUGAUAAAGAUGGUAAACGAAAUAGAAAUAGCACGACUGGAGCAAUACCAAAGUCAGGAACUGGGAAACUUGGCACUACAGUAAAGGGUGGAAAUUUGGAAGAUUGUGUGAUUUGUAUGGAUACACCUGAUGACCCCAGGAGACUUCAAUGUGGUCAUGUAUAUUGCCAUAAUUGCAUCAGCCAGCAUUUUAAAGUAAAUAAUCCUGUCUGUCCAACAUGUGGUUCCAUACAAGGUGUUGUAACUGGUAACCAACCACCUGGUACCAUGAAAAUAUCUAGAAGAUUUAGCCACUUAGCUGGUUAUCCUGAAUGUGGACGAAUUGAAAUUGAAUAUAUAAUUGAUUCAGGAAGACAAGGGCCAGAACAUAUAGAGGAAGGACGUAGGUUUGAAGGUAUAAGAAGAAUAGGAUAUCUACCAGAUAAUAGGAAAGGACAAUUAGUGGCAAAGAUGUUAAGAGUAGCAUUUGACAGGAAGUUGGUAUUCACCAUUGGUGAUUCUCGUACAACUGGAAAACAAGGAGUUGUAACAUGGAAUGAUAUCCACCAUAAAACAAACCCAAAACCAUAUGAACAAUUUGGAUACCCAGAUGACACCUACUUGGAUAGAGUUAUUGAUGAGCUUUCUGCUAAAGGUGUCACAGAAAAAGAUAUAGGACCAAACACGGCCAUUUACUAGGAAGGAUUUCCUUAAAACAUUGAAAGAUUAGGCAGACAGUUGUAGAAAAGGCUCAAGAAAUGAAAGUUACACUACAACUUUGGAAAGAGAUAAGAAUCCUGGACAAAAAUUUAUUUAAUUUUUAGUUAGAGAUUAUACAGUAGAUUACUUUUCAAUCAAUCAUAACUUUUAUAUAUACAAGAAAGGCAGGUAAUAUGUAUUGAAUAAAACAUAUAUCACUAAUUUAUUGGAUACACAGUGUCAGUACUGUUUUUAAAAUAAAUAGUGCAAAAACAGCCACUUGAGAUGCCUUCACAUGUGUGUGUUUUAUAUGUAAAUGGAUUAACCUGUAAGAUUUGUAAAUUUAACUGUAUAACCAAGAAAGCUAACAUGUCAUUUGUUAUAUUUGUUAUUAUCUAUUCUAAAUUGUUUUGGGUCAGUUUUUGUUUGAAGAGUUUUUGCUGUGUAUAGCUUAGAAAUAACAAUGCUUAUGCAUAUAUUGAUAUAUAUUUGCUUAUCUACCAAAUUCAAUUUAAACUUUAAAAAAGAUUAGACUACAGUUAUGAAAUGUGGUUUGUAAAGUCAUUGUACGCAAGCAAAAGCUAAAAUUAUCUAUGGGUUUUAUAACUGUAAACUGCAUUUCAAUGAAUUGUAUUUCAUAAUUUCAACAAUUUUUAGAACCAUAACUUCAACAAUGAGUAAAGCCCAUAGUCAGCUAUAAAAGGCCCCUAAAUGACAAUUGUAAAAUAAUUCAAACAAUAAAACUGACCGCCUAAUUUAUGUACAAAAUAAUGAACGAAAAAAAAAAUACCGGUAUGUAACACAGCAACAAACGACAACCACUGAAUUACAGGGUCCUGACUUGGGACAUGCACAUACGAAAUGUGGCGAGGUUAAACAUGUUAGCAGGCGCCCAACUCUCCCCCUAACCUGGGACAGUGGUGUGACAGUACAACAUAAGAACAAACUAUAAAAAUCAGUUGAAAAAGGCUCAACUCAUCAGAUGGAUACAAAUAGAAAUACAUCUAACAAAAACACAGAGUGGACGUGGCUAGGUACUUGUAUAUCCCAACAACAAAAAGACACUAAGUACAGAUCUGAGAGUACUCGCAGUUACUGACAGCUAGUUCAAAGCUAAUAACAACUGAUAAAAAAAAUAUCAUGCAUCUAAGACUAAUAUAUGUAGAUUAUAGAUAUGUAUUGGGUUUAUAUAAAAUGUUUAUGCUUUUUCAUGCUUGAAUAUCUGUAUAAUUGAUUUUUUACUAAUGUAGUCUUUUAAUUUUUAAUUAAUGAAAAUAUUUUGAUUUAUUCUGUAGCCAUCAAUGAUCACUUAUUAUAACCAGACAUCUGUUUCAAUAAUCAUGUAAGAACAUAAUUAAACUUUUGCAUACAAGAUAUCUUGAACUGUUAUUCUCUUUCUAUUACUAAUUUUUUUAAGAAAUAUAUAUAUUUAUUGCUUUUUAAUAGAUUUUUUGGCCAUGGUUUUAUCCCCUUUUUGCUCUAAGAUUUUAAACUUGUGAUACUUACUAGCUUAAAUUGACCCCUGCUACGGUAAAAUAACCAAAUAAAAAAUCAGAGCUCCAGUUACCCUCUUGUCAUAUUUGUCUCUAAUACAACGUACAGUUACGCAGAAUCUUAACGAAGGGAUGCUAAUACAGUAGAGGCACAGGCUCUUUAUAUAAAACCUUAUACUUUAGAAAAAAGUAAAAUAACAAAAAUACCGAGCUGCAAGGGAAAUUCAAUAUGGAGAGUCCCUUAUAAAAUGGCAAAAUCAAAAGUUCAAACAAUUCUCACGAAUGGAAAACAACUUUCAUAUUUCUGACUUGGUACAGGCAUUUCUUUAUAUAGGAAAUGGUGAAUUUAAUCUGGUUUUAUAGCUAGCUAAACCUCUCACUUGUAUGUUAGAAUGAAGAAGACCAGGAUACUUCAUAUCUUGUUAUCACCUGGCACAUGUCAGUAGCCCACGACCUUAUUUUGAGUAUAUGUAUGUGUUUGUCUUGCAGGAUUAAUCUUGACCACAAUUGUGUGGUUAAUUUUGUAUGCUUGAUAAGGUCCAUGCACACUUUUGUUUAUGAAAGGAUUCAAAUAACUGCAUUUCUUAAAUUAUUGUUGGUCACCCUUUAGAAAAAACUUGUCUUAACACACACUCUUGUAGAGGUUAUAAAAAGUAGCAUUUUAUUUAUGGUAAUUCUCACUGGUUCUUAACUAACAUAUUUAAUUUUUUCCUGUACAAUUAUAAUGUAAGUAGUUAUUGCCUUACCUUCUAUGUAAGGUGCAGUAUUAAAAACAAGUGUUUACUGCUGAAAUGUUGACUUAAAGUAUUAAUUAACCACAGAACAUGAAUUAAACACCACAACAGGGCAGGUUAACAUGUUUUAUCACAUAUUUUGUACUAAAAUGUACGUCUUUGCAUGUCCAAUAAUAGCCAGAAGUCCGAGUCGGUUAUUUGUCCUCGGGGGCCAAUAUCCACAUUUGCCCUCAAAUACCCAUAUGGAACACCCAAUUUUAACUUCCAGUAAACAUGUCAAUCAAAAACAUAAACAAGAGGGCAUCUGGAGAUGAUUCAGAAAUAAUGUUACCUCACUGUGAUAAAUAUUUUUUAAAUGUUUCUUCAAAUGUUAUUUAAAUUUGUGCUAAUAUCAAACUUAACUUUUAUAUAUGCUUUCCUUUUCUCAACCUUGAAAAUAUGUGACAAAUAGAUCAUUACAAGCAAGGCAUUUUCCAUAUUGUCUCUGUUAUCAGCCCUAGGGCUAUGUCCUCUGGCUUGAUAUGGGAGACUGAGGCUGAUGCCAGAGCCUGAUUGUACUGAUCUUUAUGCAGAUGGAAGCUAUAGUGAUGGGGAAGAGACCUAUUAAUAAAAGGGUCAAAUGGUCGAUGGUGAAGGUGACUGAUAUUAAAAAUUUUAGAGGAAACAAAUGAAAAAAAUGGUUUCCUGCUGGUAACAAGGGUUUCCUUUACUUGAUUAUUUUGAAGUUAUACAGUUGGACGAUUUUUGAAAGCAAGAUAGGCAUAUUGAUUUUUAGGUCAAAGGUCAAGCUCACUGUUUUUUUUAGUUUUCAUGGUAUGAUUAGAAUAAAACUUUCACAAAUUGAAGAAGCAAGAAAGGAAAAGCAGCCUUUUGGGGUUAAAGCUGUAAAUGUCAAGGUCACUGAAAUUUUACUAAAAAGAACAAUUCUUCCAAUAUAUGAUUUAAAGAUAGCAGAUUGAGUUUUCCCUGCUUGUGUUAUUCAUUAAUUAAUUAAGAUGGUAGAUUUGUAAUGCAUGUUUGGUAUUGAUAAGUAUUGACAUUUUGCUUAUUGUAAUCUUAUGUUGUAUAAACUGCUUUAGUGUGACGUGUGAUAUAUAUGUUUUUUUUAUCAAUAAAUAUUAACCAGUUGUUCAGAGAACACAGUUAUCGUCCUUUGCUUUGAUUUUCGUUGUCUACAAAUAUAGUCAUAUAGUCCCCACUGUGAACAGUGUAUUAGUUGCAAUUUUUUUCAUACCCCUUUCCAAAUUUAUUUCUUAAUGUUAUAUACCUCAAAUGGCAAGUAUGGGGGUGAAAUUACACUGUUAAAAAAUUUGGGUCUUGAAUUUUAAAGUAAAGUAGUGAUUUGGUUCAGCUGAAAAAAGUUAAAAACUAGUGUGUCUGAAGCUUUCAAAAGACUUCAAGAUCCCCUUAACAUAAAAUUGACCAUAUUUUGAAUUAGAGCUGAUGAAGUUUUCGAUUAUUUUAAUAUAAUUUGUCCCAAAAGUAGAACACCACACUGUAAAAAUAUUAUUGAGAAAGCGCAGGUGGAUUUUUUUUUUUAUUUUCAUUUUUUGUCUAAAAGAAAUGCACUUCGAAAUAACUGUGUUCUCGGGCUAGUUUAAAAAUUGUUGAUGGGAUUAUUGGUGAUUUGAAAAAAAUAGAAAUCUAGAUCUUUUAAUGAAUGGGAUUACUAUAGUAACUACUAAACUUACUUCAUUUACCAAAUUGAUUUCGAUUAACAUAUAUGUAUUUGAAUAUUAAAGAAUACCAUUUAGAUUUUAAGAAUUACAAUAUGCAUUUGAAUGAGUUUUGUCUUUUUUGAAAUAGUAUAAAGAUGCAUAAAUAUAAACCUUAAAAGGCAUGAUUGCUGUUAUAGAACUUAUAAAUUAUAGUUAUGAUUUUGAAAAGUUGGCUAGUUUAUAUAUAUAUAAUACAUAUAUAAUUUGAAUAAACUUCAAUGGUGAUGUGUUUAUCUCUUUAAUUGGAAGUCUUAAAAACUGUAUCAUUAUAGUACUUCAAUCCAAAAGCUGAAUGAAGAUUGUAUCCCCAAUGCUGCAAUUUAGAGACCCACCAGAAAAAUUAAUCCAACCCAGUAUUAGCUGUUACCAUUACAUUCUCAUCACCAAUUAUUCUUAGAUAUAAUAUAAUUUUGAAUAGAAUAGUGCAGCGAAGUUAUAGUAUAUAAAUUUUAUAUUUGUAUUAAUGUUAACAUCAGCACAUAAAAAUUAACAUUGUUUUUGUUAGA